AUGUGGGCACUCAUUGUAUUUGCCCUGCACGUCGUCUUCCUGCUCGGAAAAUCGGAAGACCUACCGUCCAAAGUGCCCGACAAGCUUCUAAACAAAAGUUUGAUAGACAUCUUAAACUACAACUUUAACGUCAAUGAUGUCAUGGGUAUGUUCGAGAAGAUAUUUAAAAACAGUGUCGACGAUUUCAAGAUCGAGGAUGAGAAUAACGAGAUGAAGAAUCUGCAGUUCAAGAAGUACAACUUUGACAGGCAUAAUUAUAAUUUUAUGUAUUCCUCUUUUAAGGACUACUGCCUAAACGAAGUCGCAAACAGUGAAAACUGCGAUAAAUACGCGGACAAGGACUACAUAGCAAACGCCUUCAAAGAUAUCGAUAGUAACUUUUACGCCCGAUUUUACAAAGAAAUAAACCAACUGAAGCACUACAUUUUCGAAAUAGGGAAGUUGCUAAAAAGGAGAGACGAGCUGAACAAGGAAAUUAAUGGCACAUUUGACGGAAUUAAAAAUACGAAAGAAUGGGUUAAAAAAACAAUGACGCAGAAGUCGGGUACGGUAUUGCCCCUCAUUCGAUAUUUUGAAGAUAUGUCCUACAAUUUAAAGCAUACGAACAAAAGCUUGAGUUACUACGAUAUGAUGGUACAGUACGGAAACGAAUUAAACGCCAUCAUCAAAAAUGCACUAGUGGAGUACGUAUGCAUGUACAGACAAACCAAAACGUAUCAGAAGAAAAUCGAAAAGUAUAUGGAAAGAAAUGCUAGGAUCCUUUCGAAGAUGCACAAGAAAAUUAUUCUGAGCAUUUUUUACAUGAUUUCUGAUAUGAACAGAACAAAUGAAAAAAUCGACAACUUGAUAAAUAAAAAGGUCCACGAAUUUAACGAAUGGGUAAAUUCUGAAAAUGAAGAAUAUGUGAGAAAAUUAAAAAAAAUUAAAUCCAACAUUGACUUUAAUUUAGAUGAUAUUAAUGAACAUAUAGAUCGAUCCAAGAAAAAACUUGAGGAAGAUAAAAUUGCCUUUAUAAAUAUGAGCAAAUAUUUAACCUUCCAAAACCCCACCAAAACGAUAAGAUCCAUCAUGCAUUUGCUCAACAAUAAAUAUUCAAAGGAUGUAAAUGUGAUUUUUCUGUACAAUGAAGAGUACAUCGAUUUCUCCCUGGACAAGAUGAUAGAAGUUCCGGAGCCUUGCAAAAUUAACAUCGACUCCAAGUCGACAGAUAACUUUAACUUUGUCAAUUUGGACUUUAUGGAAACGUCCAAAUACGAACAAAUGCUCAACAGCACCACCUACGAACAGAACAAUUUCAGUCAUAUAGAUAAGCAGAAAAUUGAUAACACUGUUAAUGAAAUAUUCCUCCAAGAUAAGAAACUUGACAGCGAGUACUGGAUUAAGGAAAAGGAAUAUGAAGACGUCAAAAGUAAAAUUUCUCCGGGGGAUCCGAAUAAAGAAAUACAGGUGUACACGGACGAAAUGGAGGAAAGCAUCAACACGACUGUGGAUUAUUAUGUCUUCAAACCCACCAUUAAAAGGUACAUUUCUAGUGUUAGAAAUCUUUUUAAAAACCCUAUUUUUUACUUUAACAAGUAUAUUUACUCCUUCGAGAAGAAUUUCGACUCGCCUGCGAGCGGAAGCAUCGGUGCGAUUCUCAGCUUCCCGAUUAAGACCGCUGAAGAUGAGAUGAAGGGGGAGCAGGAAAAGGAGGAACCACAGAAGGAGGAACAACAGACGGAGGAACAACAGAAGGAAGAACAGCAUAAGGAACAACAACAGACAGAGGAACCACAGAAGGAAGAACAGCAGAAGGAACAACAACAGAGGGAGGAACAACAGACGGAGGAACAACAGACGGAGGAACAACAGACGGAGGAACAACAGAAGGAACAACACCAGAAGGAACAACAGGAGGAGCCUGAGGGGAAGUCACCCAGUGGAGAAGUCAGGGCGAACGAAGAGCCCGGGGAAAGCAAAGAAAUAGAGGUUACCAUUCCUGACGAACCCAAGGGAGAAGAAAAGGUGACAGUAGUCACAUCCCCUGGUGAAGAAGCAGAGGGCGUAGCGGCCAUCACCCUAGAUGAAGAAGCAGAAGGCCUAGUGGCCUCAUCCCCGGUUGACGACAUAGGGAUAAUCAGACACGACCUGUGGAACGACAACGAAGAGGGGACGAACACUGCUGUGGAAGACGGACCAUUCAGCGAGCAAGAAAAGGAACUAGAAAACGAUAUAGACACUGAAUUAGACGCGGAGCUCGAAAAAGAAUUGGCCAACGCCGAAUUAGAUGUAACCCAAGAAGCAGAACCGGAGAUUGAGAUAGAAACCGAUUUUGAAAACGACGUAGAAACAAUGCCUUGGGGGGAACAAGUAAAGAAAGAUGCCUUUUUUGCGGAUGAAAUGGAGGUAAUGUUGGUAAAUAAGGACGAUGAUAAGGGUGAGAUGGGGGAUGAAAAAAAAGUAGGGGGAGGAAGCUGGGAAUAUGCAGAUGGACUCGAAAGUGAGCAGCAACAUACGGGCGAACAAGUAAAUGAAGUUGAAGUGAAAAAGGAGAGCGAAGGCGAAAGGGAACAAAAAGAGGAGUCCUUUGGCAUGGAUGAUAAGUUUAUUCAGGUUGAAAUGAGCAGAAGCGAUAUUGUAGAAGGUGGAGAUAAGAAGGGGGAAGCUGAAGAGGAAGUAAAAGAGGACGAAGUGGAGGAAAAUAAGGAGGAAGUUGAAGAGGGUGACGAAGAGGAUGGUGAAGGCGAUGAUAAGGAGGAUGAUAAAGAGGAAGGUAAAGAGGAAAGUAAUGAGGACGGCGGGAAGGAUCCCAAGGAGGACGACGUAAUGAAGCAUAAGAAACGCAGAAAGAAAAAAAGGAAAAAGGAAAGCAGGGAGGACGACAUGGAGGAGGGUGACCUGGAUGACGAAGAUGAUGAAAACGACGAGGAGGUUGAGGAUGAUGACAAUGGUGAGGAAGACGAUGGCGAUGAUGACAACUAUGACGAUGAACAUGAUAAUACCCAUGGAAACAAAAGUUCAGGAAAAUAUGAUGACCAAAUUAACGAAAAAAAUAAAGAGAAUUUGUCCAUUUUCCAGAGCGCAAGUAUGAAGUACCUCUGGAGAAUACCAAUUAUUAAUAGCCUCUAUAACAAGUGCAGCGAAAAUAAAAAGGACAUUGUGGGGAGAAAGGACGUAGAAGUAAUUGACGUUUACGAAAUAGGAGAAGAAGAGUUGGAAGAAAUAUACAAAGAUUUUCAAAACUUAAGUUAUGAAGAUUCUCUAAAGAGGGUUAAGGAAAAGUUUUUUUAUGCCGUGCCAGACAUGGAAUAUCUUGCAAAAGCUUUGAAAAUACACAAAAAGAAGAAGGAAGAAAAUAAGGAGAGGAAUUUCUUUUACGAUGCGAUGUAUGGAAAUGAUUACUUGAUUAUGAAGUCAAAGGGUGUCAAUGUGGAGACGUUCAUUUAUCCCUAUUUCGAGAUCUUGAAUUUGCAGAUGAGUGAGAUAAAGACGUGCACGAUGGAGGAUUACUAUGGCUGCAUGAAGAGACACAUCCGGAGCCAAAUGAAGAAGGGGACCCCAGAGGAGAUUAAGGCGGUCGACCAUGCGAACGGUAAAACGGACGGCAAACAAAGCGACAUGGUAAGCCACAAGCCAAGUGAAAAAAUUUUAUUCGUGUACCUGGGGAUCUUCAAAGACGAAGUGUUCAAAUUACCCAAGUCCAAAAUCGCAGACGACCUAAAGAGUGCCCACUUGAAGCAGUUUCUGGACAACCCCAAGGACUAUCACUUUUUUAACAACUUUUUAAUCAAAAAAUAUGAGGAGGAGUACUAUUUCUUCCAAAAGUUGAAGGUGUACACGGUGUACCAUUCCAAAUAUAAAAACUCAAUUAUGUACGGAAUUGACUUCAAAUUUUAUGUUUCCUACUUUUCCAAAGAGGAGAUACAAUAUUUGCCCUUGUCGUACUACCAUGACUCCAUCAUAUAUUUCAAGGUAGUGCUGGCCACGUCCAAGUAUGGGUACCGCGAAAUUGUCCCUAUCGAUGAUGAAAUUAUAAAGUUUGGAUUAAUGCUUUCGUUAGAUAAUAAAAAUAAAAAUGUGCAUUAUUUAAUUCAUUCGGAAGUUACCAAUGACACAAACUAUGACUUACUGAAGAACAAAACGGGGGUCGUCAAAAUUUAUGAAGUAUCUUAUGAAAAUCUUAAAAUGCAACUCGUAGAUAAAAAUUACAAAGUUCAAGUAACAAAAAAGAUGAAAAUUAUUCUGCAGAAGGAAGUUACCUUUAACAAUAAUAAAAAGAGGACAUACGAUUACAUUGACACCUUUUAUGACAAGAUGAAUAAAAUUAUGAAAAAUAACAUGAACCUGGAAUUAUUCCGUAAAACGUUUUAUGUUCAUUUGCAUAAAACGUGA